AUGCAGCGGGUGGGUCUCGUCGUACUGCUCGACGAGAACCAGGACAACCACAAUCAGCUAGACAAGAGGCUUCCAGCUGUCCCGCGCCGGUGGAUAGCCACGCCAGCGGACGAGGUAGCUCUUCCGGACGUCAUGUACGUCGCGGUGGUAGAAAAUGCGCUCCACUAG